CAGUAUGAUGUUCACUUGUGUAGCAAUUACUGCUCUGGUAUUUACAAUUGAUUUCAUAUUUUGCUACGAAAACAUAGCUCUAAAUAAAUCAACAUGGCAAAAACUCCAGUACAAUCCAGGAGAUAGUAGAUUCCAUUCCAGUAAUGCUGUUGAUGGACUUAAGACUGACCUCAGUGCAUUCGGAGGUCAAUGUGUGUUAACUGCUGAUAAACAGAGCACUGCCACCUGGUGGGUAAACUUGACAUCCGUCGUUAGUAUACAUCACAUCUUAAUAUAUUACAGGACUGAAAAUGAAGAAUGGGGUCCUUCAAAUCCUUACACCACCAGAUUUCUAGGAUUUCAACUGUAUAUUUCAAAUACAACAGAUAGAUUUGAUGGUUAUUUAUGUUUUCACGAUACAAACCACAACAGAUCCACAAUACCAUCUGUCGCUAACAUAAGUUGUCCUAUACAUGGACAAUACGUAAUCUACUACAAUGAGAGACUUCCUAAUGCAACUUAUCCAAGUGGAUAUUCUCAGUUUGCUUUUACUGAUUUCUGUGAAGUUGAAGUGUAUGGUUGUUCUGCUCCCAGGGUGUAUGGAUCAAAUUGUUCCAUCCCGUGUCCUGUAAACUGCAAGCAGUACUGUCAUGUAGAAUCAGGAAAUUGUUUUCAAUGUGAUCCUGGUUAUAAGGAUGGACAUUGUGAACAGCAAUGCAAUAUGAGGAAAUACGGAGAAGACUGCAGUCAGGACUGCGGUGUCUGUCUGGAUUACAAACAAUGUGAUCACAUAAACGGAACAUGUGAUGAAGGAUGCGAUAGUGGAUACUAUGACCUACUCUGUAAAACAGAAUGUAUUCCUGGAAAGUAUGGUGUAAACUGUAAGGACACAUGUAGUGAACUCUGUACAGUGACAAACAGAUGUAACCAUACAUCAGGGGAAUGCGAGGGAGGCUGCAAACCAGGGUGGAAAGGAUUAUUAUGUGAUAAAGAAUGCGACGGGGGUAAAUAUGGUUCUCACUGCAAUGAAACCUGUGGAAGUUGUCGUUAUCUACAUCAGUGUCACCAUAUCAACGGUUCAUGUGAAGACGGCUGCAAACCGGGAUACCAAGGGGUGAAGUGCGAUAACGUUUGUAGUUUUGGUUAUUUUGGAUCUGACUGCAAAGAAGAAUGCAGUGCAUUUUGUAAGAAAACACGUGACUGUCAUCAUGUGACUGGUUCCUGUAGAGAGAGUUGUAAGGCUGGCUGGCAAGGACACGACUGUUUUCAGAUCCAAGCAAAGGAGGAGAGCGACUGGCAAUCACGAUUUUACGGUCUUCUAGCUGGGUUUUGUGUUUGUGUAGCAGUUAUAGCCGUUUUAUUAGUAGUGGUGUUUCUGCAACGACGUCGCAUGAGUGGGAAGAGAGCAGGGCAAAGUCAUAAGGAAAGUCAAAAUCCACAAUGUAAUGCUGGUUACGUAGAUGUAAUGACCACUGAAAAUGUUAGAAGUGAAUACCAAGAGCUCAGUGACAUUAAAGGAUCCUCAACAUAUGACGUUAUCAAAUGAUAAGCAUUAUAAAUAUAACUUGGGUCUUUACUACAGACCUGCGAUGACAAAUUUAUUAUGUCUAAAAGGUUUUUUUUUAUCUAUGAAAAAGAAAUCAAUAUUGACCGAAGCGAAGCCAGAGUCAAUAUCCAUAAUUUUCUGAUGGACAUUAUAAACUUAAAAGACAGCAUGUUUUGUAUAGUAUCGAAUGAAAAUAGAGAAUUAAGCAUGCGUACAACAGAAUUUUUCAUGAACGAGCUCCUGUUGUGCAGAGGCUCAAAAUAUCCAAUUAAAUAUAACUUUACAA